AAACUCACUUCAUCUUCAAAUUGAGCCAUUCUAGCUAGCCAGUCUCGUUGCUGCAGAUUCAGCUCUAAAACCUGCAGCGGAUUCCGUUGUCUCGAGCGAACUUUUGCUCACAGCCAAUGUGAAUGACUCAGAUCAGCGACUCGACAGCAUUCGCAGUGCAGGACGGCUGCAUCUCGUGCAUGGGCCUUUAAUGUACAGAUUAGGAAUCUGAACCUGCGGAAGCUUGUCACAUGCGUCGUUCCAUCUCUUCUGCUGCUGGAGUUGUCUCCAGGUAAAGAAGGGUCCGGUCAUUGGGAGCUGGCCACAAAAGCUGCUGAAUAAAAAUUUCGAAGGUAUCUUCGUCAAUUUUCGAAUUGCCGAAGCUUAUACAACUAUAAGAGAAGCCGUAUAUACAUCGGCCUGAUCUUAUCUCAGCUAUGGCAAGCACGACAUUCACAACACUUCUGAUAGCCUUGGGCGUCUUAGCAGCUUUGUCUGGUGGAUACGGAAAGGACGUCAUUGUCGGCGGCGAUCAGCAAUGGACGAUCGACCCUACGUUCAAUUAUUCUGAGUGGGCCAUGCAGACGACUGUGGCUGUAGGAGACAAUUUGAUUUUCAAGUACAACUCCACGGAUCACAAUGUGAGGAGCGUGACCGCGGCUCAGUAUGAGUCUUGUGACACCACCAGCUACAUUCAGCAAUGGGAAACAGGUGAUGACAGCGUUGUUAUCAACAGCACUUCGACAUACUACUUCCUCUGUAGCAAACCCGGUCACUGUCUGUACCAGAAAUUCUCUAUAGCAGUGCCUGCAGGUUCAGCUGAUUCCCCGCCUCAGGCUGAAACACCAAAUGCUUCUAAUUCGCUUCUCCCUCGUCUUGGCGGAGUACUGCCUCUCAGUGUCCUAGUUUUGCUUUCCGCCGGUUUCUUGUAGAUUGUUCCACAGUACUUGCAAUAUCAUUCAUUUUCAGGUCACCCCGUGACUUCUUACUCGUAAGAUAUCUAGAGCAGCACCGCCGCGUAAAGCUGUAACGAAUUGGAUGUUGCAGUGACUGAGUUUCAUAUAUGUGGCAUUGGAUGGUGUAGUUAUACGCUGAUGUAUCUACAGAGAACUGUCAACCGGACGGGAUUAUGAAUCGACGCAAUGAUAGAGAUCUUAAAUGACAGCUGUCACCUUUGUGCUCUAAAGCGAUGUCUUGUUUAAGUAAUAGCAACUGUUUUGUUCUCCACGAGUCUGUUUAUGU